GAUUAUCAAUGUGCCGUAUGGAGGAUCCCGGCAAUUUCAUCCCGUUACGCUACUGAAAAUAACAACAUGCUUGUUGAAGAUUGUGGCCGGAGAAUUUCGAGCACUCCUGCUUUUGCAUCGGUUGGAGUAAGACUGGACCAGUUACCUGCCGAGAUCAUUGAACACAUAGCAUACUUCCUUGCCCGGCAUGACAGUGUGGAGGCUCGUUUCAGAUACGCCUUUCUCCGUGGAGUUUUAAACCUUCGUCUUUCUUGUAGGACAAUCGCAUUCAAGCUUGAUUCGUUCUUUAAAAGAUCAUUUGAAACAAUUUGCAUAGAACUAAGCUGCAAAGGGCUUCAGCGCGCCGUAUACAUUGCCAAUGCUUCAGACCUUGCAUUCAAAGUCCGAUGUGUAAGGUUGAGCUUUAAUUUGGUUGUGCCCGGUGAAGAUGAGAUUCUUGAGAACAUCGCAGAGUUCAUGAGCAGUGACUUGACGGAGUACUGGUGGCUCAUUUUAGCUCGUAAACGGACGCAAGCUAUCGAAAGAGCGUGUUCUUUCAUCUCCAGCUUUGGGCUUGUCUACCUUAGCCGUGCCUUUUCCCGAUUCCAAAAUCUUUCCGAGAUUCGGCUGCCUCUCGAAGAUAAGCAAUGGGAGCCUUUGGAUCAGGUUGACCCAGUAAAGGCUCUUAUGGACACAAUUCUAGGCAUAACUAUAUCUGCUUUGGAUAUUGCGAGGCGAAAAAUCCAUAUUCUCGGGUUUGACGAUAGUUUCGACAUAUGGUUGAGCCUUGGAGCAUCCGCCAUUGCUUGGAGGAAUACAUUGAGAAAAUCUCGAAUAUUUUAUGGGUUGACAAGUCUCGAAAUAAGUAUAGAUCACAGCAAUCGUUCUCAUGGGCCUUGGGGUAGACAUUUUCAUGAAUCCUUCGACAGCGCGCAUUUUCCAUGUCUGGAGAGGCUGUCCCUCUAUGCUGAUUUUUGUUCGCGGCAUGGGGCGAAUUUCUUCAAUGUACCUCUCUACCCAUGCUUGCGGUGGCCACAAACCAUUCGCAGCCUCUCUAUUGACGGAUUUUGCAUCCAGUUUCAAGUCGGUGAUCCAAACAGCUUUCGACUUCCCGUGAGGUUGGACGAACUAUCGAUAAGAAAUUGUCGGUUUAUUUAUGGCGAUCCAUUAGACUAUCUCACAGAGUACGUGACUACAUCGCGCCUAAAGAAGCUCUAUCUUUCGCAAAUUGCUAUAGAUUUCACAAGAGUGUCGUUCGAGGGAUUUCCGUACGCCAAAGAAGGAGACGUUGAGCUGUAUUAUGCACAACGUGGAGAAGUGGCAGAUGCCGCGGAGCUAGUUGCUGAAUACGUCUGGAUCGAAAACAAUAAGUAUGAACUGGAAAUAAAUAGCGCAUGUGAUAGCAUGGAGGAGAUGUUGCCAAAACUUCGCCAAUAUUGGAAAGUUCAGAUAGGCUUAAGUGUUGAGAGCUCCAGCGAGUUCAGCUUCUGGUGGGAUCCAGCCGAUGUUCCAGAUAACCCCGAAUAGCAAGAAACAGUGCG